UCUCUCCCCAGAUCAUUGAGCCUCCGAAAAGCCAAUCUGUUACCGAAGGAUACCCUGUAAACCUUAGUUGCGUAGCCUCAGGUAUUCCAACACCAACCUUCGUCUGGACUUUUAAUAAUGGUGACCUGCCAUCUGGUAUCAAUCAAACCGAUCACGAAGGAGAAUCAUUCCUAGUUUCGCCAAGUGUCACGAAAGGGAUGAAUGGGACUUACAAGUGUACAGCAAAAAACAAAGCAAACACAACCAGUUCCUCAGCAACUCUGCGUGUUUAUGGAAAAGCCUCUGCUCAAGUUGUUCCAGAGACAAACACAAUACUCACCAAAGGUGAAGCCUUCCUAUUGACCUGCAAAGUCAACAAAGAAACAAUAAGUAUAAAGUGGAAAAAAGAUGGAGACCCAAUAACAGAAAGAGCAAUUAUAAAUACACGAUUAGAUGAGAAAAAGAGUAAACUGGCUCUUAUUAGUGUUGUGGAAGAGGACAGUGGUGAAUAUUCUUGUGAAGCACGUAACAAGCUAGGAACUGUGGCUCGCUCUGUUGUGACAGUAAAUAUCAAAGAGGCUCCCUCCAGCAGCUCACCUCCCUCCAGCAGCUCACUGGAGUGGUACUACAUUGGGGGACCUUUGGCUGCUGUCGUUUUUCUACUGGCGCUCAUUUCAUACAUUAAAAAACGCCGUGAGACAGCCCCACCUGAGGUGCCACCCAGGCUGCAUGAAGGGGAAGAUGAAGUUGAGAUGGAUCAGCUGAACGCAAACACAGAUGGAUGGGAGAUUGCAGUUGACCGCCUGAACUUUCGCGAGCAUAUUGGCAAAGGGGCAUUUGGUUCAGUGUGGCGAGCGCUACUGGGUCGUUCCCGUGGCAGACCUGGAAAUCGCACAGUUGCUGCGAAAUGCUACCUACCAAUCUCCGGAGAGAAAGGAAGGAAGGCCCUGCUGAGAGAGAUCGAGUUAUUAAAACUCUUUGGAAGGGAGGGCCAUGAAAAUGUUGUUAAGUUCAUUGGUUGUGUCACAGUUGGAGCUCAGCCAAUACUUAUCAUGGAGUACCUGUGGCGAGGUGACUUGCUGGGUUAUCUCAGAAAAUCCAGGGGGGUUUUCGACCAAUAUCAUCAUGGGGUCGGAGGGGUCGACCACUUGACAACAUAUGACAUGGUGCUGUUUGCUAAACAGAUCGCACAUGGUAUGACUUUCCUCGCGUCCAGAGGGAUAAUUCAUCGCGAUCUUGCAGCUCGUAACAUCCUUCUUGAUGAGCAUCGUGUCUGCAAGUUGACUGACUUUGGGCUCUCUUAUCAGGAUUUCAAAUACGGCCCAGGAAAUGCCAAGAAGGGAUGUAUCCCAAUCAAAUGGACUGCACCCGAGAUUCUCUUUGGACAUGUGGAACAGCUGUCAACCAAAAGCGAUGUGUGGUCCUACGGCAUCGUCUUGUAUGAAAUCUUCACUGUCGGAGGCAUUCCUUACGAAGGAUGGUCUCAAUCCACGACAAUGAAAAAAAUCGAAGAAGGUUAUCGUCUGCCAAAGCCUGAACAUAUCGACGACAGUUUAUACGCGGUGAUGUUAAACUGCUGGAAAUACGAAAGCGCCAGCCGGCCACACUUUGUGAAGCUCUACCAAACAAUGGAUACAUAUAUUAAAACAAAGACAUAUGUAGAUAUCUUUGACGAUGACAAGUAUGAUCAGGAUAAGUACAACUUUGUCGAUGACCGUGGAGCUGUUGCAAACCCAGAAGAUGCAGGAGCGGACGAGCUAGGAGCAGCUGCAGCAAAUCCCAUCGGUGAAGUGGGUGAACUCGGUGCUAUGGCACAUCCCUUUCUGGUUGCAAUGGACGAUGGCGCUACAGCUUUCCCUCUCGGAAUUAACGUAGGAGACGAAGGAGCACCUGCAACAGAUCCCGACCGUGAAGUGGGUGAACACGGUGCUACGGCACAUCCCUUUGUGAUUGCAAUAGACGAUGGUGCUACAGCUUUCCCUUUCGCUAUUAACGUACCAGAGGAAGGAGCAGCUGCAGCAAAUCUCGCCCAUGAAGUGGGUAAGCACGGUGCUGCUGCACAUCCCUUUGUGGUUGCAAUUGACGAUGGUGCUACAGCUUUCCCCUUCGCUAUUAACUUACAAGACAAAGGGGCAGCUGCAGCAAAUCUCGCCCAUGAAGUGGGUAAGCACGGUGCCACUGCACAUCCCUUUGUGGUUGCAAUUGACGAUGGUGCUACAGCCUUCCCCUUCGCUAUUAACUUACAAGACAAAGAGGCAGCCGCAGGAAAUCUCGCCCGUGAAGUGGGUAAGCACGGUGCUACGGCACAUCCCUCUAUGGUUGGAAUUGACGAUGGUGCUACAGCUUUCCCUCUCGGAAUCAAAGUAGAAGAAGAAGGUUGCGCAGCAUACCCUUUUGAGAGUGAUAAGAAAGAUAUGGAUGCCCAAGCGUACCCUUUGGAGAGUGAUACUUUACCAUAUCUUAGCGAGAACGAGGAAGAAGAUGUUGAUGACUCCGAGUGCCCUCUUGCGAUUGAGGAAGAAGAAAUUGAUGACUACGAGUGCCCUCUUGCGAUUGAGGAAGAAGAAAUUGAUCCUUUACCAUCCUCCCUGGUGAUGGACCAAAACGGUCUAGAUGCUUCAGUAUGUCCCCUUGUGACUGACGAAGAAAAUUCUGAUUCUUUAGCAUGCCCCCUUAUGGGUGAGGAAGAAGAUUCCAAUAACUCAGCAUGCUCCCCUGUAACUGGGGAAGAAGAUUUCGAAGCCACAGGAAGCCUUUCUGUUACUGAAAAAGAAGAUCCUAACUCUUUAGCACGCUCCGCAAAUGAGGUGAACAAACCUGAUACCUCACCAUUCCCUUGUGUGAUGGAGGAAGAAGAUCUUGAUUCUUUAGAAUACAAUCCCCUGAUCGAAAAAGAAGGCCACAGUGAUUCCGUCUUCCCUCCAGAUAUUCAAAUUGAUGACGAAGAAGGUGUAACAAGUGAACCUGAAAGUAACGUUGGUUAUGAAGGUGCUGUAGCAGUUCAAUCUGAAAAGGAGGCAGGAGAAGAAGAACCUGAGACUUGCCAACUAAAGUACACGAAGGAUGAACAAGACGAUCUUGGAAACUAUAUGGACGACCAAAGUGAUGCUGUAGACCUUCUUGACGUGGAGGCUGGCGUACAAGAGUAUGAUGGUAAUCAACUUACUGCUGCAGAUAAAGACGAAACUGGAAGUGACGAAGACGAGGAGUCAUCUGAAGUAACUCCUCUUGUGCAGGACUGAGGCUUAAUAGCAGAAUUGCUGAACCUCCAAGGUUGUAGUCUUAUAACACUCUGUGGUAAUUUGUAGUUUAGAUUUCGAGAACUUCAGCCUCAAUAUUUCAUAGCUUUUGAUUUUAAGAUGUAGUUUCUAUCGUACUUUUACUUUAUUAAUGCUUUGGUAGUGAUGAUAACCAUUUUCAUAGUUUAUAAAUGGAGGUUAGAUGGAAUUUUCUUGGAAAAAAAAACUUGUUUAUUUACUUCACUUUUGCAUUUCUUAGUUUACCGUUUAUUCGCUUGGUGCACUUGUCAGUGCUUUGUUGUUGUUAUUGACUGUAGGCUGAUAGAGACAAAAAAAAAAAAAAGAAAAAGAAAUUGCUGUUAAGAUAAUUUUUAUAACUGAUCUAGUCAGAAAUUUUGCGUAAAUUUGUGAGUGUUGUUCCUAGUAUAAGUAAUAUUUCUUAAUUUUUUUGUAAGUGCAUUGAAGAGAAGAACAAUAAUGGACAUGUUGAUCUCUCCCAAGCCACAAUGAAUAUUUACCCUGUUAGGAAUAAUUAAAUUGUUGUAAAGCACUCUCUAAAUG